AUGGAUUCUAUUGUGAACAAUGCUAUUCAGAGUGCGUUCGGUGGUGGUGGUGGAAGAACACCCAUUGCAGCUCUUCUCGGAGGUCAGGGAGGGAUCGCUCCCGUCUCUGGGAGUAUAGGACAAAUUUCAGCAAGACGAACAGUAAGCAGAGGCGUAGCAUCUUUACCGACUCCAGGCUCCAUGUCAGGCUCUGGGGCCUACCGGGCCUUAGCCAGGUUUUCUCGGAGCGACUCGCCAGCUUAUAUUGCAAUGCUUCAUGACCGUUCGAUGAGGGCGUCUCUUGCAUCAAGAAUGAUAGCACAAGACCCGGCAGUUGGAGGACCUACAGGAGAUGGCUUUCAGAGAGUAGUCUCAGAUCCCCAGAUUACAUCAAGCUUUCAAAGAGCAUUCAUUCCAUACUGUUAUCAGAUGCCAGCUUGUAAUGUUAGUGAACCCUAUCGACGAACAAACGGACAAUGUAACAAUUUGAUUAACCCCCUCCUGGGAUCUUCAAAUACGCCACAACAACGAGUUUUACCUGCUGCCUACGAGAACUGGAUUGAUACUCCAAGAACUCGUUCCCUGGUUGGGAAUAUGCCCUUGCCAAGUGCUCGAACAGUUAGUAACAACGUGUUCCAGUUCAUUGGAGGAGGCAUGACCCCUGUCAGCGCCGCAUUCUCUACCUACCUCACCCACCACGGACAGUUCAUUAAUCAUGACGUCAUUUCCACCCCAUCUGUAGAGUUACAAGAAAAUGACUAUUGUCUUCCAAUAAGAAUGCAACAAAACCCGGAAGCUUGUUUUAGCAUAGAGGUAGUACAAACGCCACCGGAUCCCUUUUUUCCACCAGACAAAACCUGCAUGAACUUCGUCCGCCAUGCUGGUGCUCCGCCAAUGGGAUGCAUGAAUGGUGUUCGCGAGCAAAUCAACCAGAGAACAGCUUUUGUGGAUGGCUCAAUGAUUUAUGGCUCUGAAGUCAGCUUAGAACUUGAGCUAAUUAUAAGAGGGGGAGUAUCAAGAGCAUUAGGACGACUUGCUGUAAACGAUCAGAAUCUGCUCCCUCCCAAUCCUCAGGGAUGUCCUGCUUUGGCACCCCGAGCAAUGCGCCCAUGUUUCAUAGCAGGAGAUCAUAGGCAAAGCGAGACACCUACUCUAACUGUUCCACACAUCACGUGGUUAAGACGUCAUAAUCUCAUUGCUGACGCAUUAAGACAAGCCACUGGCAUCACGGAUGACGAGACUCUUUUUCAAGAAGCCAAAAGAAUUGUUAUAGCAGAGCUUCAACAUGUUACAUACAAUGAAUUUUUGCCUGCCAUUCUUGAUAAUUUACAUAUGAAUGCUUUCAAUCUCAGAUCAAAACCAGUGGGACAUGCUGAUUCUUACAACCCUAAGGUUGACCCAAGAACAAUAAAUGCAUUCGGUGUUGCAGCCUAUCGUAUGGGUCAUAGUUUAGUCAGAAAUACUGUAGGUCAUGAUAUAGGGAACGGAGAUCGUUUUACAUUUCCGGUGAAUAAACACUUCGAGCGUCCUGAUUUGAUGUAUGAAAAGGGAUAUGAAUUCAUGGCUCGUUGGAUGUCACGAGAACCUAAAUCUAGAUCUGAUAGAUACUUGGUAGACGCUAUUAGAGAUAGAUUGUUUAAAUUUCCACCAAUGCCAGGGACGCCCCCAUCAGAAACAUUGUCUAUGGAUUUGGGAGCCUUAAACGUACAGAGAGGCCGUGAUCACGGCAUACCUCCCUACAACGCUUACAGAGAAUUCUGUGGACUUCAAAGAGCGCGUUUCUUUGCCACUGCUCCAGGGGGACUGGUCGAUCAUACUCCACAAGCAGCAGCUGCACUUCAGCGAACCUAUCGACAUCCUGAUGAUAUAGACCUCUUUGCUGGUGGUAUGUCUGAGAUUCCUCGACCAGGAAGUAUUCUAGGGCCCACGUUCCAAUGUCUCAUCGCCCUUCAGUUCAGCUUCUACAAACAUGGCGACCGGUUCUGGUACGAGCGCACUUCCCCCGAAAACCCAGUGACUGCUUUUACAUCUGCCCAACUUGCUCAAAUCAAACAGAUCACGUACUCAAAGAUUCUCUGCUCUGUCGUAAAGAAUACUGGAAUCAUUCCAUCCUUCCAACCUAGAUUAAUGUUACGACCUAACAUUCAAGGUAAUUCACCAGUGCCAUGCACAUUGCUUUUGCAAGGAAGUCGCCUUGGAUUCGACAUUAGGCCAUUUGCACAACAGCUGCUUCAAUUAGGCGGUCGCCGAUUCCGAAGGACAUAUUAA